AUGAAUGUGGUGGUUGUUUGUAGUCUUUUGAUGGUAGUUGUAAAUUGUUUAUAUAUAAAGCCUACGAAUCAUAAGCAUGGACCGAAACAAAAUGAAAAUAUACCUUUUGUUGAUACAGCAAAACUCUUGACUAUAGGUCGUGUUCGAAGACAAUUAAACAACGAUUUAUUAGUUGACAAUGUAGCCGUGGAAAAUGCCCAAGUUGUCGGGGCCAUGAACAAUGCACAAGAUAUUGGUAAUGUGGACAAAGUCACCAUUGUUGGUGCUGCAGACAAUACUCAAGCUGGUUUAACUGCAAACAACGUUGGCGUUUUUGACAAUAUUCAAGCGGGUGGUGUAGUAGAUAAUGUUGGUGGGGUUGUUGACGUAGCUCAAAUUGGAGUUGCUGUGGAUAAUCUUGGAAGAGUUCCUGACAAUGCCCAAACUGGUGGUGUUGUAGAUAACGUUGGAGAAGUUGUGGACAAUGCCCAAGCUGGUGGUGUUAACGAUAAAGUUGGAGCAGUUGUGGACAAUGCCCAAGCUGGUGGUGUUAAAGAUAAAGUUGGAGAGGUUAUAGACAAUGCUCAAGCUGGUGGUGUUGUAGAUAAUGUUGGAGCAGUUGUGGACAAUGUCCAAGCUGAUGGGGUUGGGAACAAAGUUGGAGAAGUUAUAGACAAUGCCCAAGCUGGUGGUGUUAACGAUAAAGUUGGAGCAGUUGUGGACAAUGUCCAAGCUGGUGGUGUUAAAGAUAACGUUGGAGAAGUUAUAGACAAUGCCCAAGCUGGUGGUGUUGUAGAUAAUGUUGGAGCAGUUGUGGACAAUGUCCAAGCUGACGGGGUUGGGAACAAUGUUGGAGGAGUUCUCGACAAUGCCCAAGCUGGUGGUGUUGUAGAUAACGUUGGAGCAGUUGUGGAUAAUGUCCAAGCUGGUGGUGGGACUUUGGACAAUCUUGGAGGAAAUGUAGACAUCGCUGCAAAAGAUUGGUAA